GAUACCUCACAGUCAGAAGGCUGGACACAAGUAGGCGAUAUAGGCAUUUAUAGACAGGUAGUCAUUAGGCUUGGACACAGACAGUUGAUAUAGCCUUUAUAGACUUUCAGGACAUACGGCAAUCAUAGUCUUUGACAGUGGAGGCAAGCUGCGGAACCUGUCUGGCCCGAGGAUGAUUGUCCUGCGUGUAAAAGCUCUGCAGACCAUCGCGGUGCUGUGUCUGAUUGGGGCGUUCAUCAUGGUGAUACUGUACUGUGUCAAUUCCAGCCACAAUCAAAGUGGCCUCCUACGGCACAGAAACUUCAAACCAUCAGCCAAAUUCCUCAAGGCUUUGAAUGUCAGAAAGAAAAAUCACGAGAAAAGAAGCAAAUUUCUGAAUCAUGUUAAGGCUGCCAUGAACAAGAAAAAGCGAAAAAAGAAACGAAUCAAGAAUGAAACAAAAGGAGGCGAAGCCAAUAUGGUCAGAAGAAAAGCGAAAGUACAGCUCAACCAUCAUGACUUAAAACUACAAACUGAAUUAAUAAAAGCAUUUGCACUAAAGGACAAUGAUGCCAGGCACCCAUUUGCAAAUAUGCAUCAGUUCAAUUACACCCUCAGUCCAUCUCAGUGCCACAAGAAACCUGUGUUUCUAUUGACCAUUGUUCACUCGAAGCCACAUGAUUUUCGGCAAAGGUUGACUUUCCGAAAAACCUUUGGUCAAAUCCAAUCAUCAUGGAAGAAGAGAAUUGUGUACGUAUUUAGCAUGGGACUUGUUAGUGAUCCCAAACUACAGCAGCUCAUUCAGAAAGAGGCUGCGACCUUUAAUGACAUCAUUCAAGGAGGGUUUGAUGACCUUGAAGAAAACCUGGCCCUUAAACACAUCAUGGGACUCCACUGGAAGAAAAAAUACUGUCGCCAUGCAAAAUUUAUUCUUAAAAUUGAUGACGACGUGUUUAUCCAUCCAUUUGGUAUCAUCAAGAAUAUCUUAGGCAAAUCCAAACGGAAGCAUUUCAUGAGCUGCAGAGAAGGAUCGGGGAAGGCUGUUAUUGAAAAAAUGAAGAAUCGAAAGCUUAGAGCAACAUAUCCCGUCGAUUUUCUCCCGAGCUUCUGUAAUGGGUACGCCAUUGUGAUGUCAUCAGACGUUGCUUCAGGGAUACUUGCAGCAUCAGAAAAAAUACGCUACGUCCCACUUGAGGGGUUGUUCAUAACUGGCGUGCUGAGACUUGUGUCCGGGAUUGGACUCAGUUCUACCGAAGUCAUCCAUGGAAACUGUCAUCCAAGACUCUUCACUGGCAAGGAAAUUGUUAAAAUCACUGCUCUUCAUUUGGCGGGGAAAUGUAAGAAUAAAAUGUCAAAACUGUGGAAAAGGUAUCAUAAAGUUUUUAAGGGUAAAAGAAAAUUGAAAGUUUAAAUUAAAUGUCUAUGUUUAAGUGAUGGUUUACAGUAAGUUUUGUUGAUUGAUUUUGUGCAAAUGAAGCCUGUUCUAAAUUCACAUGGAUGUCUGCCAUUACCAUACCGUAAAUAAACUAAUGUAAUCCCUACUCUUGCGUCCUGACUUUCACAAAUACAAUAUUAUAUGUACAGGCAAAGUUGUUUUUUUUGCAUACAACUGCAGACUUAGCAUCAGCACACCUUGCAAUGUAUUGAUUGGAAAUGAAUGAAAAAUAAAAAUAUU